AUUCUUUCACGUCACACCAGAUUUCUCUCAUAAUCAACACACAAUUUUCAAACUGCCUUUUCAUAUCUCUAUGGCAUGUGAAGGUGCGGAAGGUCGUCGAAGAACAUUGUAAUUUGUGCCCACCCGACCAAAAUUUCCUGACGCAUACAUGCAUGUCGGGUGAAAAUUGGACUCUAAACAAUAUUGGAAAAUUGGAGUAUUUUAUCCAACAAUUCAUUAAUUAAAAAAAAAAAAAAAAUAAAAAAUGCUAUCACGAAAGAAAGAAAUGAGGAACAUAAAAGAGGGCGUUGUGGGAAAAUAUGUCAAAAAAGAUACUCCUCCCGAUUUGCCUGUUAUAAACGUUUGGACCAAUGAUUCAACCAACAAAAGACUCAGCUCCCGUCCUAAUCACUUGCAACAGCUGACUCCACCUGGAGGAAUGGUGCAUCAGCAUCAGUUCAGCGUGGGUCGAACGACUCCUCAGGCAACAACCUUGAGCACACCUGAGGGCAGGUUCACCCCCAGUAGCUCAAUGCCUGACCUGGCGCAAAGGUUCACGAACCUAUCUGUUGCUUGCGAGCCUCCGGCUAGGCUCUCAGGAUCUAUUUACAGUGGAGGGAUGGUACCUGCUAUGAGCCACACUUACAUUAACCAAUACGCUGGCUCGGAUUUUAGUUUGGAUAAGCAAAGAACUUCUCAAAUGGCUCCUGCCCAGUAUGCCCAAGAAAUUCCUGAACAAAUAGAGAGGCGGAUUGCAAUUCGACAUGAGCUGCCUUACAGUGAAAAUGCCUCUACGGUUUACAGCAACCAGAUGGACGAUUAUCAAAUCCCACCCUAUCAACAUCAACAACUGCCAGCGCCGUUUGUCCCCAAAAUGCUGCCCAGCUCUGUGCAGCUGCACCAUUCUGCGCCAAACAUGCACCUGGCAGGCGCCUCCACGGCCAGCUCGCAGCAAGACCCCUCUGGCUCACAAGGUCAACUGUCUCAAGAAGGCUCAGAAGAGCUACCACUUCCACCUGGCUGGUCAGUGGACUUUACGAUGAGAGGGCGCAAGUACUACAUAGACCACAACACUAAGACAACCCACUGGAGCCACCCCUUAGAAAAAGAGGGACUUCCCACUGGCUGGGAGAGAAUCGAGUCGCACGAGUUCGGCAUCUAUUAUGUCAAUCACAUUACAAGACAAGCUCAGUACGAGCAUCCCUGCGCGCCACACUACAUCUAUCAACCCGAAGUGCGUAUCCAGAUGGACAUAGCGCCAAGAAUGAUGUCGCCCUUGCCGCCGCCACGCCACACACACUUCCAUCCGCACAGUGUCUUAGUUCCUGCCAACCCCUAUCUUAAUCAAGAAAUCCCUCAUUGGCUAGUGGUUUACUUCAUGGCAGCUCAGGAGUUUGACCACAAAUUGAAGUGGGAUAUGUUCAAGCUACCACAACUGGACUGCUUUGACGCUUAUUUAAAAAGGCUGUACAAACAGGGUCUUGAGGAGAUUGUCAUGCGAUAUGAAACAUACAGGUCAGCGCUGCUGUGCGAAAUGGACCAGAGAUUAUCGGAGCGGCACAGUGGCGUUACCAUAACAGAAAUUGACGCUUUGAAGGAAGUGGCCUUAGCCCAGAACAUGGAGACGAAAGUGUGAUCCAAAUAUACCAUGUAAGCUCCACACAUAAAAUAAGCUAUUUAUAAAAUUUGCCUGUUGACCUGCUGAUUUCAGCUAUUUACAUUUUAUUGAUAAAAUGGUGUCGUUCACAAUGUUUUUAAAGUAUUUUAUAAUAAAACUAUAUUUCCAAAAUACUGACAUUUCUCCUCAUAAAAACUUAACCAAAGCAAACUUUAUUUACAGUUACAGAAAUGCAGUUUCUCAAAAUUUAAGCACAUAAUUUAACCACUAGCACUGGCUUCCUUUUGCUCUUCAUCCAGAACUUCGACUCCAAUUUUUGAGAAACCUUGGUAUUUGUGUAUGGUUACGUUUCUUAAGCCCAAGUACUGCGCCCACGCUUUGCCUGUGAUCAAAGUUAAUUUAUAUAUUAUAUCACUCAA